AUGACCCAGCCAAGAGCCCUUCCAGAAUGUUGGGGACACCGAGGAGCUUCAGCAGCGUUCCCUGAAAAUACACUCGCAAGCUUCGAAGCUGCCAUCCGGGAUGGGGCUGAAGGCAUCGAGAGCGACGUUCACGUAUCGUUGGAUAACGUCGUUAUAAUGUUCCAUGAUCCGGAGCUACAGCGGACGACGAACUCGAUAGGCAAGAUAAAAGAGCGUCGAUGGUAUGGUCAAGACGGAAUGGAACAUGUCCGGACAAAGAAGACACCCGUACAAUCUAUCCCCACCUUUGCAGAGACCGUGGCAUUGCUUAUGAAGCCAGAGAAUUCGCACGUCAAGUUCAAUGUCGAUGUGAAGCCUCAGAACGAUCCCGAGCGAUUGUUCAAGCUGAUGAAUGAAACUAUCUCGUCUCAGCCUGACUGGGAGGUCAACCUAGCUCCAAGAAUUCUCUUGGGACUUUGGCAUCCGCGAUUUUUGGGACAUGCCAAGUCAAUCCUGCCGUAUUGCAGGCGAUCGCACAUCGGAGAGAGCUUGUAUCUGUCUCGCACGUACUUCUGGGACGAUUGUGAAGUCUUUUCGGUUAGAUUUGGUGUGCUCACGUCGGCCGAUGGUCAGAAGUUCAGAGAAGAGUGCAAGAUGGCGAACAAGAAGAUCAUGGUGUGGACCGUCAACAAUCCCGAGCACAUGAUGGAGGCGGUCAGAUGGGGUGUAGCUUCGAUCCUUACCGAUGUGACUAAAACGUGGCUUGACCUCCGUGCUAGUCUGCAAGUGGAUUAUGAUAAGAUCGGAGCCCAGUAUGGGCGUGGUUUCUUGUGGACGACCCCGUAUUACUACACGCCCUUCCUCAAGUUCCUGGGAUUUGCAUCGCAGAAGAGAUUAGAGGUGCUUGCGGGACCAUUUGAUCAGUUCCUGAUGCCUACCGCUCCCACCGCUAUCAAAGGGGCGGCGUAA